UGUUUCUGAUAGUAAUAUUUAUUCAUUUCUUCUCUGAGCAAAAGAGUAAUUAGAAGAUGAACACUAAAAGAAGCAGUAAUAUUAGGGAUGAUGAUGAAGAAGAAGUUGAACUUCCAGGGUUCCGAUUCCACCCGACAGAUGAAGAACUUGUAGGGUUUUAUCUUCGAAGAAAAGUUGAUAAGAAACCUCUUUGUAUUGAGCUCAUCAAACAAGUUGAUAUCUACAAAUUUGAUCCUUGGGAUCUUCCAAAAGCUAGCAGUGUGGGAGACAGAGAAGGGUAUUUCUUUUGCAGAAGAGGAAGAAAAUACAGGAAUAGCAUCAGACCAAAUAGAGUGACAGGAUCUGGAUUCUGGAAAGCAACUGGCAUUGACAAGCCUAUUUAUUCUAAUGGUGGCCAAGGCCGAGACUGCAUUGGACUCAAGAAAACCCUAGUUUAUUACCGUGGAAGCGCCGGAAAAGGAACCAAAACCGACUGGAUGAUGCAUGAAUUUCGCCUUCCUGUCAACGACGCGGCCAUUGCCAAUACUAAAACUUCUGCUCAAGAAGCGGAAGUAUGGACACUUUGUAGAAUAUUCAAGCGAAGUGUGUCGCACAGGAAAUACACACCAGAUUGGCGAGAGUUAUCCACCAAACGCACUCAGCCUCAACCAGUUAUUGACUCAACAAACUCAAUCACAUGCAGUGCAGAUUCUGAUCAGAGCCGAGAAAAUUACCUGAGUUUUGCUGCUCCGGUGUUCCAGUAUACCGAGAAGAAGCCUGUGCUUAUUAAUAAUCAUGUGAAUCAUGAGAAGAAUCAAAUAUUAUAUCAUGCAGACCCAUUUAAUAACAAUUAUAUCAUGCAGACUCAAUCGAUGGCAUCUUCAUCAAAUGUAUCGAGUCCGGCUUAUUAUGGGAAUGAUCAGUUCUUGAGUGGUGACUGGGAUGAGCUUAGAUCAGUUGUGGAGUUUGCUUUUGAUCCUUCUUUUCUGUAAAUUUAUUUGUAUAAUAACUACAGAAUUAGCGACUAUUUUAGGACUACAUAUAUAUAGAAAUGUUUUACUUAUACAUAUGGUUGUAUUAUAUGCUUGUAUGAAAUUACAUUUAUAUAGUGGCUUUCUUUUUUUGUA